AUGACCAACAACGAAGACCUAUUGGGCCUAAAUGCCUCUGCCUGUUUUCACUACAUGGGUCAAUCGGAUGUUUCACGAAGCAUCACUGCAGUAGCGGUGGAUUCUUACAUUCAGGACAUUGCGCCGGAAACCUUUUCGAGUUGUACCCAGUUAACGCAAGUUGACAUUUAUGGUCACAAUUUAAAGACAAUAGGCGGGUCGUCCUUCAAGAAGUGCCAAUCGAUGAAAACGAUUCUUUUCCCGGACUCGGUGGAACGAAUUGAAGAACGAGCCUUUUCGGCGUGUGUGUCCCUCACUCAGGUUGGAUCGUAUCCACCCAAGAAUACUACUACUGCUACCACUACUAUUAUUCAUACAUCAUCCUCUGCUGACGACCAAGACCGAACCAAGAAGAUUCCACACACCAACCCGGCGCUUCCAUCCAAUCUAAAGUUCUUGGGCCCCGCUGCCUUUCUCUAUUGCAAGUCGUUGACUUCCAUUUCGAUUCCUUCGACAGUCGAAACGAUACGAGAGUAUACCUUCUUUUAUUGUGAAGCUCUUGUCGACCUAACCCUGAAGGAAGGAUUGAAAGUGAUUGAGGAGCGAGCCUUCCAAGGUUGCAUAUCGUUGCAAAAUGUCGCAAUACCUACCAGUGUGGAGCAGAUUGGAAAGUAUGCCUUUUUCUAUUGUUUGAGAUUGACCGAAGCGACGCUUCCUAAGAAAUUGACGGACAUCAAGGCAAGAUCCUUUCACGAUUGCAAAGCUUUGAAGUUUAUGAAGAUGCAACAUACCGCGAUUCAAUCCAUUGAGGCGAAUGGUUUCUACUUUUGCGAAGCCUUGUUGUAUGUCGAUUUCCCACCAACCUUGCAACGAAUUCAUCGCUCUGCCUUUGAAUCCUGCAAGUCGCUCAAAUCAGUGGCGCUUCCACCAUCCCUCACGGCGAUUGAGCAAGGUUCCUUCCGUGGCUGCCGCUCGUUGAUAGCCGUGGAACUUUGCAACGGCCUAGAGUGGAUACUCUCCAAGGCCUUUGCGGAUUGCGAAUCGCUACGAAUGAUUGUCCUCCCCGCACACUCGUCGGAUCGAGCAGGGGAAUACGCCAAGAAUGCGUUCUCGGGCUGUUCCAUGUUGGAAGGUCGUUGCUUUGGUGGGGACCUCCUCACGUCUUUGACUCAUCGAUUUGACAAGCUCCCAAUUCACAAACUCUGCUACAAUGCUGGGAGUACUGCUUUGACUGUUGAGGACCUUGCGACUUGUGUGACGCAGCAUGUAGUAAACCAGCCAGAGCAGGAUGGUGCCUGUGUCGAUUCCUUUGGCAUGACACCCUUGCACAUUUUGGGGGUUUCCGCAAAACCCAGAGAAGAUUUCUUUCUUGAAUUGACAAAUCUGCUGCCCAUCGAUACGCUGACGCAAAACGACAAAUAUGGAAAUAGGCCAGUGGAUUACUUGUGCCAGAACGAGGCACCCAACACGGCCAACCUCAUUCAAAUGGUACUCCAGCGUACCAUGUUGGAUCGAAUGAAUCACUGGGGAUUGGUCCAAUGGAGGGAGGAUCUCUCUCAAGCCAUACGGUCGAUUACCUCUGCAAGCAAUGCAAGGGCAAAGGUAGCAUUCUUGAGUUGGGUGGAAUCCAAACUGGCACAAUACGAACGUCUCGAGGUACUGUCUCUGUUGGAACUCACUCUUUGGAAGAUCGCAGUCACUAUGGCACAUUCUCAAGAAGCAAUAAGUUUUUCGGCAGAAAUAUUGGAUCGAUAUUCCUACCGGAUACGAUGUGGAGCAGAGACAAUCAUUCCGAGUGUUUGCGAGUUCCUUUAG